UGGAUCAUGGCGUUAUGCUUUUAUUUGUCAGAAGUUGACCGGAAGUUUCCCGUCUUCUCAUUAAAGUAUUCUGACAGUGGUGCGUCCAGGCGGCGGAGGCACACACAAAGAAAGGGCCCCCAGGCUCGGUAUGUCGGAUGAAGAUUCCCGUGCCAGCACAAGCUCUUCCUCCUCUUCAUCUUCCAUUCAUCAUCAUCAGCAGCAGCAGGAAGUAAACCCCUCAAAGAAGCGAGAGAGCAAAGUCAGCAUGAGCAAGACCUCCAAGCUUCUGUCUACCAGCGCUAAAAGAAUUCAAAAGGAACUGGCUGACAUUACACUGGAUCCUCCUCCGAACUGCAGUGCCGGCCCUAAAGGAGACAACAUCUAUGAGUGGCGGUCCACCAUCCUGGGCCCCCCGGGCUCCGCGUAUGAGGGAGGAGUGUUCUUCCUGGACAUCGCCUUCACACCAGACUACCCCUUUAAACCCCCCAAGGUGACGUUCCGCACCAGGAUCUACCACUGCAACAUCAACAGCCAGGGUGUGAUCUGCCUGGACAUCCUGAAGGACAACUGGAGUCCUGCCCUCACCAUCUCCAAGGUCCUGCUGUCCAUCUGCUCCCUGCUCACCGACUGCAACCCUGCGGACCCCCUGGUGGGAAGCAUCGCCACACAGUACACCACAAACAGACCAGAACACGACAGGAUAGCCAAACAGUGGACCAAACGCUACGCCACAUGAUCAGCAGAGCGGCCACUGCUGGGACAACUGGGGGGUUGGGUGGGAGUUGAUUUGUAGCAAAGGUGUGUGUGUGUAUGUUUGGGGUGGGGGGAUUUUUACCUUGCAGCUAAAGUCUUAACUUGUUUAUUGUAUUUUAAAUUGUCUGCAGCCCGACUGUAACCCCAUGUUGUAGCCUGAGCUCCAGGAUGGCUGCUUCCUGGAGUCGCCAUGACUACCAGUCAGAUGUUUGGUGUUUGCUUCUCCUCCAGAACGUGAAGUUGAUUCACUCAUGUAGACAUGUUUAGGUGUGGAUGGAUGUUGGUUGUGAUUUGUGUUCGGACUGUUCUGUUUCUCCCUUUGAAAGAAUUAAACAAAACCAAGAA